CCACAAUGGCAGAGGUGGUGGCUGAGGUGGCUGAGAUGCCAACACAGAUGUCACCAAGGGCAGUAGAAAUGUCAACACCCGUGUCAGGGGAGAUGACAGAGAUGUCAACCGAGGUGACUGAGAUGACACCGGGGGAGGCCCUUGCUUCAUCCCUUUUCUUCCAGCACCACCAGUUCAUGUGCUCUGAGUGUGGCAGCCUCUAUAACACACUGGAGGAAGUCCUCUCACACCAGGAGCAGCAUAUGCUCGCUGUCGCAGAGGAAGAGGCACUGACUACCCAGGAUGCUGGCCUGGUGCCAGAGCUAGUGCCAGGCACUGAGGAGGGGCCUUUCCAAUGUGGUGAAUGCAGUCAGCUCAUCCUCUCCCCUUGUGAGCUCCUGGCCCACCAGGACGCCCACCUGCGGGAGUCUGCAAGCCAGAUCCAAUACCAGUGUGGGGACUGCCAGGUGCUGUUCCCCUCGCCUGAACUGUGGGUGGCUCAUCGCAAGGCCCUGCACCUUUCUGCUGCAGCAGCUGAGCCCCUAGUGCUACCUCCUUUGUCUCCCCGAACACCACCGCCUCCACCCCCUCCACCACCCGAAGUCAAGAUGGAGCCCUAUGAGUGUCCUGAGUGUUCUGCCCUCUGUGCCACCCCUGAGGAGUUUUUGGAGCAUCAGGGCACCCACUUUGACUCCCUAGAGAAAGAAGAACGUAAUGGGCUAGAGGAGGAGGAGGAGGAAGAUGACGAUGAAGAAGAUGAUGAAGAGACAGAGGAUGAGGAAGAUGUGGUGGCAGAGGUUGAUGAUGGUGUUAUGGGAGGUGACAAGUCCACAGCUGGCUGGGCCCGGGGCUGUGGGGAUUGUCCCCAGCACCAGACCUCAGCAGGGGCACGCCGACGACACCGGCGGGCGUCUCGCGGCCCAGCAUCAGCAACCCACCCCUUCCACUGCAGUCAGUGUCAGCGCAGCUUCAGCUCAGCGAACCGGCUGCUGGCUCACGGGCGGGCUCACGUAGGUGGCACACACGAGUGUACGACUUGCUCCAAGGUCUUCAAGAAAGCAGCCUCGCUAGAGCAGCACCUUCGGCUGCACCGCGGUGAAGCCCGCUACCUCUGUGUAGACUGUGGUCGCGGCUUCGGCACAGAACUCACAUUGGUGGCCCACCGGCGGGCCCACACUGCCAACCCAUUGCAUCGCUGUCGCUGCGGCAAGACGUUCAGCAACAUGACCAAAUUCCUCUACCACAGGCGCACUCACGCUGGCAAAAGCGGGGCACCUCCCAUGGCAGCAACGGCCUCCCCAGCUCCAGCCGAGCCCACCCCACCACCACCGCCCCCUGCCCCACCUGCCCAGCUGCCCUGCCCACAGUGCUCUAAGUCCUUUGCCUCAGCUUCCCGGCUUUCCCGGCACCGGCGUGCGGUACAUGGGCCCCCUGAACGGCGACACCGCUGCGGGGUUUGUGGCAAGGGCUUCAAGAAACUGAUCCAUGUGCGCAACCACCUGCGGACACACACAGGUGAGAGGCCCUUCCAGUGCCACUCAUGUGGCAAAACCUUUGCUUCUUUGGCCAACCUCAGCCGCCACCAGCUGACCCACACAGGCGUGCGUCCCUACCAAUGCCUGGACUGCGGCAAGCGCUUCACUCAGAGCUCCAACCUGCAGCAGCACCGGCGGCUGCACCUGCGGCCAGUCGCCUUUGCCCGUGCCCCCCGCCUCCCCAUCAGCGGUCUCUACAACAAGAGCCCCUACUACUGCGGGACCUGUGGCCGCUGGUUCCGCGCCAUGGCGGGCCUGCGACUGCAUCAGCGGGUCCAUGCCCGAGCCCGGACUAUGACACUGCAGCCUCCCAGGUCACCACCUCUUGCCCCACCCCCUGAGCCCCAGCAGACUAUCAUGUGCACAGAGCUGGGGGAGACCAUCGCCAUCAUUGAGACAUCCCAGCCACUGGCACUUGAAGACACACUGCAGCUGUGCCAGGCUGCACUGGGGGCCAGCGAAGCGAGCGGGCUAUUGCAGUUGGACACAGCCUUCGUGUGACGCAGCUGAAGAGCAACAAUAAAAGGUUUUGGUUGCAACAGUGAGUGUGGAUACCUCUGGGAGGCAGAGGAGCCCCCCUCUGGCAAGCUGAUCUGGCACCCACUAUGUGCCAGGAUCCACCCUGACUUCUUUUACCCACUGACACUUCAGAACGACCCUACCAGGUGUCUCUUGUCAUCUUUCUCUGCCUGAGGGGAAACUGAAGCUCUGAGAUGCGACACGAUCUAUACCAGGUCACCCUGCUGUGUUGCAAAGUGGGGUUUGCCAAGGCUCUUUGCACUGCAUCACCCUGGUGCCCAGCAACAUCAGGUAAUCUUUACUGAGCACUGACCACGUGCCGGGUCUGUGCUGGGCACUCUCAUAUACCUCUUAAGAUCCUCCGCCUGUGCCCCCAGCCCUUGCCAUCCCUGGACUUUGGGCAUCCGGGACUGGGCUCUGCCUGGUGGAGGAAGGCACUUGACUUCAUCUUGAUUUUGACAAUGUGGAAGGAAACCCACAGGUACUCAGGCACUCAGCUCCAGACCGGGUGAUGCUGGAGCCCCAGCGAUGAGUCAGACACAGGCUCUGCCCUCAGGAGGUACGCGCAGUCUGGGAGGAGGAGCACACACAAGUACAGAUGGCUUGUUCUC